UUUCUUUUUCUUUCAAAUUGGCACUUCACUAAUGACAAAAUCUUGUGUAAAAGAUUACUAUGAAAUUAUAAAUGUUUCUAUGACAGCAUGUAGUGAUGAAAUUAAAAAAGCAUAUAGAAAACAGGCUCUAAAAUUACACCCAGAUAAAAAUCAAGAUGACUGUUCUGGGGACAAAUUCAAGGCUCUGCAAGAAGCAUAUGAAGUUUUAUCUGAUCCUGCAAAAAGAAGAACUUAUGAUGCAAAACUUGGAAAUACUACACAUUUGGCAGAUAUUUUUAAUUCCUUCUCGUUUACAAGUAGUCCAAGAACAACUAAUCGUCACUUUAAUGGUCACACUUUUACAAAUAGUAGAGGUGCUCAUACAGCUACUAGAGAUGUCAGAGGUCGCGGUAGAACUGGAAACUUUCGACAAUCUCCAACAUUUUCAAGACCAGCUUACCAGCCGCCUCCUUGCUUUUCAACUCCGCCAUCAAUGCAGCGCGCCCCUCCUCCGCCGCCUCCACCACCCCCGCCACCACCACCUCCUCCCAAACAAGACGAACCAAUAUUAUAUGAUGUUAAAGUUAAUUUAGAAGAAAUUUGUAAUGGAUCGACAAGAAAAAUUCGUAUUGAAAGAGAAGUACUUGUUGCAGAUGGAAUUUUAGUAAAAGAAGAAGAACAUUUGUCGGUAGAAAUUAAACCAGGAUGGAAAGAGGGCACGAAAAUAACAUAUCCAAAAAAGGGAGAUGUUUAUCCUGGUCGUAUACCUGCAGAUAUUGUCUUUUUAAUUAAAGAAGAAAAACAUUCGUUGUUUCAACGGGAUGGAUCUACUCUUAGAUGCAAUAUGGACAUUCCUCUUUGUGAUGCUUUGGCUGGAAAAGUGCUAGUCCCAAAUUUGGGUGGACCUGAUUUUGACAUUAAUUUUGAAAAGCCAAUACAGCCUGGGACAAUUCAUAGUAUUUUGGGUGGCGGAUUGCCUGAUCGAAAAGAUGAUUGUAAACGUGGACAAUUAGUUGUGACUUUUAAUGUGCGCCUUCCUGAACGAAUAACUCCACAUGUAUUGAGGUUAGCUGAGGCUACGAGAGAACCUCGACGAGAGGAUGUUGCUCGAUGGAAAAGAACAGGAAUAGAAAGCAUGGAUUGGAGGCAAAAAGAUAAUGCAACAAAUGGAGACUUCAAAGUGAAUUAA